GAAAUAACAGAAGAUAAAAUGGCGGGAGAAGAGAAAACUUCAACGAAAAGUUCGCUAAAUCAAGACGAAAACAAAGCAGAUAGCGACGAAACUUCACAGUCACAGGGCGCAGAUCAGGCCCCUGUUUGUGAUAAGCUAAUUAAACUGCCACUUACUAGAGUCAAACAUAUAAUCAAGACGGAUCCCGACGUAACACUUGCUAGUUCUGAAGCGGUUGUCACGUUGGCUAAAGCCGCAGAGCUGUUUAUACAGGCUUUAUCAAAAGAUGCAGUCUCCAAAACAAUGACUGGCAAACGAAAAACUAUACAACGAAAGGAUCUUGAUAUUGUUAUGGAUACAAGAGAUUGUUAUGCAUUUCUUGAAGGAGCUAUUGACACUUGAGUGCAAAUCACUUUCAUAGAAAAUCUCUCGAUGAAAGCUUCAUGUACUUGUAAUACAACCAGCCAGUUUUCCAGAGAAACAAUUUGUGAUGACAGUUAGUACUUUCCAUGUGGAAGAGGUAUACUCUUUUCUCUGGAAAGAGAUAUUAAUGGAGAAACGGUCUUGGGGAGUGUCAGGAUUGUAUCCUUAUGCGAUUUUCCUACACUGAACUGUUUGAAGAAUCUAAGACAACUGAAUAGUCACAUGUAUGAGGAUAUUACAAUGUGCACAUAUUCGUGUGAAGAAAUUACAUCUUUGUAUUCGAGAAUUUAGAGUCAACUGAUUAUAGUAAUGAAUGCAAUUUUGUACAAUACAAAUUUAACACAUGUUUUACUACAUUUUAUUUUUAAUAAAUUUCAUAAUUUGCU